CAGAUCCCUUUGUGCCAAGGGGAGGAGAGAGUGGAGAGGGGGUGGACCAACCCCAAAUCCACUGCCUGUUGUAAAGAAAAGAGGGAGAGAGAGAGGAGCAGAAAAAGUUAGUGCAACAGAGGUGAUGGACUUAGUCCAGUAAGAGUGACAGGGAACACACAAACUCUUCAGAGGGCUAGAAGAACAUGCUGGUGGACUUUAAUUGCCUUCAAAACCCAGAGAAACCUACAGCACCUAACAUACAUAUCUGCUGAUCUUCUGAGGUCUUCAAAGCCCUCUCUAACAUCUCCUUGAAAUACUUGACCGUAAACAUUUUAAAAGGACUUGCUAUCAGUCACGCUUUGAUUGAACUUUUCAGUUUGUUUAAUAUGUAUUUAACAUUUCACUCCUGUCUCCCGGAGAAGAAGGCUUGAAGUAGUUCUUUUCAGAGUUCUUGAGAAAGGAUUCGCAGGCUUUGCAUCACCACACAGACAGAUGUGUUUGACUGAGGGCUUAUAGACUGAAGACCUUUCCACUGAUACCGAGGACAUACUAACAAAAGUGAGACAGUGGGGGAUUACGACAGACCGAGCGAGAGGAAACCCCACAGAGCAAUUUCUGCAAGUUGUGAUGACUAUUUCCACAGAGGCACUUCAUUCGGUUUCUCCUGGACAUUGACGGAUUUCAAGAGGGUGCUGUGCAAUAGACUGGAAUCAUCUGGUGCGUGUGGUCAUGGAUGUCCCUGCGCUAGUAUGGCUGGUGUUGCUCUUGGCGAGUGGAGGGUUUCCUGGGACGGAGGGCAGCACUCAGCAGUUUGACAGCAGUGAUGAAGGUCCAGAGGUUGAAUUCCUGUCUACCUCUCGCACACGACGAGCUCCAGAGCCUCCAGUGCAGGACAAGUGCUCCUACACCUUCAUCGUACCCCAGAAAAAGGUUACGGGAGCCAUUUGUGUGAACUCCAAGGAGCCUGAGGCCGUGCUGGAGAACCGUGUCAAUAAGCAGGAGCUGGAACUCCUCAAUUCUGAGCUGCACAAGCAGAAGAGACAAAUCGAGACUCUACAGCAGCUUGUAGAAGUCGACGGCGGCAUCGUCAAUGAGGUGAAGCUUUUGCGCAAGGAAUCCCGUAAUAUGAAUUCCAGAGUGACGCAGUUAUACAUGCAGCUGCUGCAUGAGAUCAUCCGCAAGAGGGACAACGCGCUGGAGCUCUCUCAACUGGAGAACAAGAUCCUCAACCAGACCUCCGAGAUGCUGCAGCUUACAAACCGCUAUAAAGAUCUGGAGCAUAAGUAUCAGCACCUCGCCUCACUUGCCAAUAACCAGUCAGCGCUCAUUGCCCUUCUUGAGGCGCAGUGUCAGAGGGGACCGCCGGUUGCAGUACCCAGGGUACCAGUCCAACCUCAGCCCCAACCACAACCUCAACCGCAACCCAGACCCUCACCACCCCUCAAUAAACCCUUCCAGCCAACAACCUUUAACCGUAACAACCAGAUCACCAACGAGAUCCAGAGCGAUCAGAACCUCAAAGUGCCUCCUGCUCCUCUUCCCACCAUGCCAGGAGGAACUCACAGCCCGUCCACCACAAAUAAACCCUCCGGUCCCUGGAAGGAUUGUCUGGAGGCUCUUGAGGACAGUCACACUAACAGUGGCAUGCACCUGGUGAAGCCGGAGAAUACCAACAAGCUGAUGCAGGUGUGGUGCGAUCAAAGACAGGAUCCUGGCGGCUGGACCGUCAUCCAGAGAAGAAUGGAUGGCUCUGUCAACUUCUUCAGAAACUGGGAGACAUAUAAGCAAGGCUUUGGAAACAUCGAUGGAGAGUAUUGGCUGGGUCUGGAGAACAUAUACUGGAUAACUAGUCAAGGGAACUACAAGCUGCUGGUCACCUUAGAGGACUGGUCUGGACGCAAGACAUUUGCAGAGUACGCAAGUUUCCGCCUUGAACCUGAAAGCGACUUCUAUAGGCUCAGGGUGGGCCGCUACCAUGGCAAUGCCGGUGACUCCCUAACUUGGCACAACGGAAAGCAGUUCACCACUCUGGACAGAGAUCAUGAUGUAUACACAGGCAACUGUGCCCACUAUCAAAAGGGAGGCUGGUGGUAUAAUGCCUGUGCCCAUUCAAAUCUGAAUGGUGUGUGGUACAGAGGAGGUCACUACCGCAGCCGCUAUCAGGACGGCGUGUACUGGGCUGAAUUCAGAGGAGGCGCCUACUCUCUCAAGAAGGUUGUGAUGAUGAUACGACCCAACCCCAACACCUUCCACUGAGCAGCGCAUAAACACAGGGAAUGAACAGAUAACUGCUCCCCAACGGUUGCCAUUCACCCUAUAAAGUGCAGUUCACUUAAGAUUGUGGUUUAGCUUCCUAUGUAACAUAGUUAAAUAAGAUAUGUGGCAAAGCAACAAACAGUGUCUUGGUUGAUGUAAUUGAGAAGGAGCACCAAAUUGACAUGGACUACAAAAGAAAGCUAUUUACAACACAGAAAUUGCAGUGGGAUAAAUUGGCCAGUUUCCCUUACAAUGUUUGUCACUAGGAAGUCACGAACAUGAUGUUCUUUUUCACUCUUGUUCGAUCAAAUCAAGUGAAACCUGUUCAUCUUUAAAUAUACAGUGCAAUUGCGAA